AUGGAUGCCAGUGCAUGGGACCGAGAGCAUUACCAGCGUAAUGCUAUGGUCACCCAAGUACUUCCCAACUUGCUUGGAAAAAAGGCACCGAAUAUGGGAGAUGUCAUCAUAGUGUCGGACGUCGAUGAGAUCCCACGACCGGAAACAAUCGACCUGCUGAGGAAUUGCGACUUCCCAGAGCGCGUCGACAUUCGGAGCAAAUUCUUUCCAUACUCAUUCCAGCUCCACCGAACAGACGGAGAAUGGUACCAUCCUCAAGCAACAUACUGGCGCGGCAACGAGACCAUCCUACCAGAGUCAUUGAGAAUGACACAAGUUGCCUACGAGUUCAAAAACGCCGCCUGGCACUGCACAACGUGCUUCUCCAGCUUAGCUGAAUUCGUCGCCAAAAUUAACGCCUUCAGUCAUCAAGAGUGGAACAGAGCUGAAUUCAAAGAUCCCGACCAGAUCGUCCGCCGUGUGCGCACCGGAGUCGACCUCUUCGAUAGAGGCUUCCCAUAUCAAAAAGUACCAGAAAAUGAGAUGGAUGUCCCCUCAUAUCUGCUGAAGCACAAACAAAAGUUCGCAUACCUGUUGGACCGGGAGCCCGCCAACGCGAAUUUUCGCGACUAUGUACCGCCCAUGACGGACGAUGACAGUUACGAUAAAUCAGACGAGCUGUCAUGA